CUAGCCGCUCUCGCCGCCACUCGAGUCCGAGUGCUCCACCAGCCACUCCGCGGCGGCCACUUCGCCUCGGGCCUGCGCCGUAGCAUACCCAAACGCAGCGAGCCCCUUCCAGCCGCCCGACCAGAACAGCGCAGACACGCCGCCGGCCCGGAGGGCAUCGUUUGCGAAUCCUCUGCGAAACGCGUGAGUGCCCCAGUGGAGAGCCUGCGGCAAAGCUAGCGCCACUGCACCAGCUUUUAAGAAGGCCAGCUUCAGAAUACGAAAUAUGCCCAAAUGGGACCGCGUGCUCCGCGCACGCCUCCUUCAAGGCACAUACUCCGCAUAAGAUUUCUGCAUCUCCAGAGCAGACGCACUUUCUCGCGACUUCAACGGGAACGCGGUAGCUCUUCCUCCGAGUGAACGUCACCGUGCACUGAGAAUGACCAUCGCGGCUGCUGAAUUGAAAGGACGCCUUGCCUGAACCCAGAGCCAAAGUUUCGGAAGAAUACCUCAAGCAAAAGUGGCGCGACACUGCCCAAGACAGGGCCAGAUCACGACGCCCUGAGCGCGACGCCCACUGCAUGAGCGCGCGUGUCUGCGACCCCGAUGCCCAAAUCUUCGGCCGUUGAAAAGCUGCACCAGCUUUUUCUGCUCCCCUCACGAGCCUCGCCGUGUCCGAGAGCUCGCCGGUUGAUACCCGCAGCAGGUGGAGCACCGAACGAAUGUGCGACACAUAUCGGCCCAGAGAGGCACUGCUGCGGAAGAGACCUGAGAAGACGCAGACCGUGGAAUGCCCAGGUGGCCACGGCGCCUCUGUACUGAUGGCGGCCGCCUCACCCCAGAGCUCUACUGCGCUGGCAUACUGCGCGGCACUGCGGCGCCACCCACAGAAUUCGAGCCAGACGGCGCGGAUCUCGAACUCCAUGGAGUCUGCUCCCGAAUACCGCGCUCGCUUUGCAGCAGCCCGGGGCAACACUCUGUCUUCCUCGAAUGGGGAAUCCGGCAACUUCGCCAUGUCUCUGACAGCGCCUGCGAGCACCGUAGGCCCAAGCACCUGCCCACUGCGCCGCGCGUGCGCCAACAGCGCCAGAGCUGCCAUACCUCUCUCGGCAGCACCGUCCUGAGCACCACGCCCGCGGACAAGGCCAUGUGCUGGGGUGCUGCCGCUUUCAGUCUGCUCUGCAGGACGCGCAGCAGGCAGCGCGCCGCCGCUCCACCUCGCAUAACUGCAGAAAUCUACUGAGGAAGUCGCGCGAACACCCAGACAGAGGCCGCCAGAGUUGCGCCUCCUCAGGACCAAUAUCGCAAAAAUCCUCUGCCCGCGACGCUCCGGCAGCCGCCAAACCAGAACACAAUGCAUCAAUGGGCGCACCGGGCGGAACGACUGCGGACACUUGCCUGAGAAUACGAACCAAAUUACCUGAAAACGCAGCUGGCACCUCGGCCACUGCAGGAUGGGCGGCUUGCGACGAGCCUGAUGCAGCAGCAGCAGCAGCAGCGGCCCUGGCCCGGCUCUCAUCAACGAAAUUAAGCAUUGAGCGGAACUUUCAAGCUUGCGCCAAACAGGCU